CCGACACAGUAUUAGCGGUGUGUAGCCAAUGUUGUACUAACUUUAAAACUAGUUUUACUAAACGAUUUCAAUGAAUUAAAAUGUCAAAUAAGUCUGAAGAGCUGAGGCUGCAAGGCAAUGAGUGUGUCAAGGCAGGGAAGUACACAGAGGCCGUGCUACACUAUACUCAUGCUCUGGAUACAGACCGGCAGAAUCACCUCAUAUACAGCAAUCGCUCUCUGGCCUUCCUAAAGCUGCAACAGUAUUAUCUGGCCAUGCAGGAUGCCAACACCACCAUACGGCUACAACCCAAGUGGCCCAAGGGGUAUUUCAGGAAAGGAGAGGUUGAAUUCCAGGCUGGACAUUACCAGAGUGCGUUAUUAUCAUAUGGGCAAGCCAUGAUUCUUGACCCAAGCAACGAAGAGGUCCGCAAGACUGUGGCCAACACAAACACACUGGUACAAGAUGCUAAGAAAAAGGAGCAGAGGGAGCCCUGGGUGUUCUGUGGAGGCGGUUCCUUUAUAGGUCUCCUGAUUGUCAUGGCAGACACAUACCUCGCUGAUAAGCCAUCCAUACAGAAUGUGGUGCUGCAGGUACUUCUGGUUACGGUGUUUGGGUGCCUUGGAUUUCUAGUGCUGCUGGCUUACAGGCACCUUAGGCAAUCAGACGUGAAGUCCAGAUUGGAACCACCUGUGAAUUUAAUGGAAGCAAUGGGCCAGCAAACGUCUCCAAACUCUGAACACAAAGUUGAAGCAGAGGAUGCCAGUCAGACUACAAACCAGCGAACCCACAGAAAGGGUGGAAUGGGAGCUGCUAGGCAACGCUUUAAGAAGGGAAAAACUUAGUCACUUAGACACGUUUUUAAAAUUGCUUAGGAUAAAAAAAUGUGACCCAAGAUUUUAUUUAAGAAGAAAAUCAUAGGUGUUCAUAAUGGUACACAUAUGUGUACACAUGCAUGAUAGGUUUCAGUAAUUUAGCAUAAUAUGUUAAAUUGCAUGAAUAAUUUGUUAUGUAAGGUCCAACUGCUUUAUGUUGCACUUUACCAAUCAAAUAUUGUAUUAAAAAUGUUUGUCCCCGUGUGGAAAUGAUUUCUUACAGAAAUAAAAUCUAUCUUGGUGUGAAAGAACACUUUUUAUUAAUAGCAAUAAUCAGCCAAAAUCUUUAGUGAGUUAACUGUUUAUUGUUAAUAAUCAGUCAAUUAACAAUAAUUUGGAGUACAGAAACCUAUGAAUCAAAUCACAUGAGAAAAUACAAAACAUGUGUACAUUCAUUAUAAUUAUUCAGACAAUGUGUUUUGAUUCUAAAAUUAUCAGGCAACUUUUUGUGAAAUUGAGAGGAGAACAAUAUUUUACUAUACUGCAUUCAUGGCAAGAAUGGGACUUGUUUUAAUUGUUUGUGGUAGUUCAUCAAGGGUAAUUGUGUUCUUUUAGCCUGUGGGAAAACUUGGCUCAAUGCAAGUGUGCAAAGUGUGUUUUCAGAUUAGCCUGUGUAGUCUUCACAGGCUUAUCAGGGACAACACUUUCCUUAUAUUAACUGGAUUUUUGCUAUGAAGAGACUUUCUUCGAACAAUAAAUUCCAUAAAGCGUUCAGUGGUUAUACCCGAUGAGCCUGUGCAGCCGUCACAGGCUAAUCUGAGACAACAAUUUAAUCACAUGCCGGUAGCCCAGUUUUUCAAAUACUUGACUCCUUCCUCUAGUGGAAUCAGUCUCACCUACUGAAAGAAAAUCCAUUUUCAGUUGUUUGUCUCAUUAUUUUGUAUUGUAUUAUUUUUGCAUUUAUACAAGUAUCUUAGUGUUUCUUUGUUAAUCAGAUUGGGAUUUUAUAUAAAGUUAUAUGCAGUUCA